AUGGUCCUUCAUAACCCGAACAACUGGCAUUGGGUCAACAAGGAUGUGUCAGGCUGGACGAGGGAGUACUUGGAGAAGGAGCUUGUACAGAUUUCGGUAGAGGAUGGCGGUGUCUCUGCCAAAAUCGACAAGGUGGUCAGUAUGGACGGUGACGUGGAUGUCAGCCAGCGCAAGGGCAAGGUCAUCACCAUCUUUGACGUGAAGCUUAAGUUGGAAUACUCUGGCAAGAACGCCGAGGGUGAGGAAGCUAGCGGCACCAUCACCGUCCCCGAGGUCGCCCACGACACUGAGGAAGACGAGUAUGUCUUUGAGAUAGAUGUCUACUCUGACGAGAGCAGCAAACAGCCCGUCAAAGACCUAGUUCGAUCCAAGAUUGUGCCGCAAUUACGCAAGAGCUUUGCAAAGAUUGGACCGGCAGUCAUGGAAGAACAUGGAAAAGACAUCCAGCAUGCCCCAGGUACUAAUCCUGGUAGCGGCUUCUCUGCGCCGAAGGUGUACUCGAGUUCCAGUGUGAACAAGUCUGAGUCGAAGACAGACUUAUCCGGAUCGCAGAAGAACAGCUCGGGCACGGUCGUCAACGUGACUACUAUCAACGACAGUACAGAGUUCCGCACGGAUGCGGCGAACUUGUACCAAACCUUCACCGAUCCUCAGCGCAUUGCUGCCUUCACUCGUUCCCCUCCAAAAUUCAACGGUGCGCAACCGGGAGCUACAUUUGAACUGUUUGGUGGCAAUGUGAGCGGAGAGUAUGUUGAGUUGCAGGAGCCUACACAUAUUGUCCAGAAAUGGCGAUUGUCUCAGUGGCCAGCAGGUCAUUACUCGACGCUAUCGAUCUGGUUCGAUCAGAACGACAUUGAUGCAGUAACGGUGAUGAGAGUUGAGUGGAAGGGUGUGCCUGUUGGUCAAGAGGAGCCAACCAAGAGCAACUGGGAUCAGUACUACAUUCGAAGUAUCAAGCAGACCUUUGGGUUUGGUUCGAUAUUGUAG